UUGGAUUGGACAUUUGGACUUUCGAAUAGGUCCGAUUGUAGAGUGCACACAAUAGAUAGAUUGGUGUAAGAGACAAAGGAGUCUGUGAACAAUAUGUCGCUGCGCCCACUUGUCGAAGGCGAUUGCGGAGCCGUAAACCCUUUAGUACAACUUGGUGGCCAAUUCACUCGCGAUGUUGCACACAAGGAUGAAGGUCUUACGAAGGCGCAAUUUGAGCGCAGUAUGCGCUCCGACGAGCGGCUAGUACAAGAAUUUUUUGGUCAAGCAGCUGGUCCACCCCAGUCUUUUCAAAUGGACACCUUGCUUCAGGAGAUGCGCGAUAUUAACAUAAGUGGAGAUGGAGUGUCGCAGCAACAGUGCAUGCAGGACCAGGUGGCCAGCCAGUGGAGUGCGGACUUCACGCAGCAAAUGGCACCCGCACUCCCUAAUAAUAUGGUGCACAUGCAACCACAGCCACAGCCACAGUUGCAUUACGUUCGGGAGUUUUUUGAUGGACCUGGGACGAGUAGUCGGAAUUUCUAUGCACCACCUAUGAUGCGACAACCCUACAUGGCCAUAGCUGCUGGUCCUCAGCAGCAUAACACAUUCUUCGAUACGAACACGAUUAUAACGGAAAACAUACCGAUGGCUCAGAAGGGUGAAUCUGUUGAUGAUUGGAUCACUGACUAUCAAACUAGCAAGAAAGAGAAUGAGCAAACUGUAACCAAUUUCAACGAGAAAUUCUGGCAGCGUCUACAAGAAGAAUGGCAGAAGCUGGCUGAGGAGAACGAACAUCCCUGGCUCUCCGAAUACAAUGAGAACUUAGACGCUUACAAGGAGUACGAGUUCGCCGAAGAAAAUCCCAUGUCCGAGCUGGAUAAUGCUUUUGAGAAGGGAAAAGAAUAUCUAUCCAAAGGCGAUAUACCAAGCGCAGUACUUUGUUUUGAGGUGGCGGCCAAAAAAGAACCGGAGCGCGUGGAAGUCUGGGAGCUGUUAGGCAUAUCGCAAGCCGAAAACGAAAUGGACCCGCAAAGCAUAGCGGCACUGAAACGGGCUUUGGAACUACAGCCAGAGAAUCAACGUGUACUAAUGGCUCUGGCCGUGUGCUAUACUAACGAGGGCCUGCAGAACAAUGCCGUGCGCAUGCUCUCAAACUGGCUACAAGUGAAUCCACGCUAUCAGCACUUGCUCACAGCCCAUCCAGAGUUACACUCUGAACAGAUUUCACUUGCUUCGUCGCUCAUAGGAGCGAAUAAACUGCGCGAACUGCAGCAAAUAUAUCUGGAGGCGGUGCGUAUAAAUCCAGCGCAAGUCGAUCCUGAUUUACAGGAGGCACUAGGCGUACUUUACAAUUUGUCCAAUGAGUACGACAAAGCCGUCGAUUGCUAUCGCUCUGCCCUGCAUGUAGAUCCACAAAAUGCUAAAGUGUGGAAUCGUCUUGGCGCUAGUUUGGCUAACGGCUCGCGCUCGGUAGAGGCUGUAGAGGCCUAUCAGCAGGCGCUUCUGCUUCAACCAGGAUUCAUACGCGUCCGUUACAACGUCGGUGUGUGUUGCAUGAAUCUGAAGGCAUACAAAGAGGCCGUGGAGCAUCUGCUGACCGCUCUGACCAUGCAGGCACACACCAACGCCGCGCGCGAGUUGCCAAAUGCGGCAGCAGCUACAACAGCCGGUGGACAGCAUCAGAUGUCCGAAUCAAUUUGGAGCACCCUGAAAAUGGUCAUUUCACUUAUGGGCCGGAGUGAUCUCCAGGGCUACGUAAGCGAUCGAAAUUUGACGGCCCUCAAUGAGGCGUUCAAGGAGUAGGCUCUCGCUUAACUUUCGGUCUUUCGGUGAAGAGCUUAGUUGUACAUAAUGUAUUUAAAUGCAUACCUCUGUUUCGCUUUAAAUUUUUGGUUUCAUGUAUUUAGCUAUCAUACAUUCUGCCUUUUUCUGGAUUUUUGUGUUAAAGCACAGAAUUGAAGAUGGCAAAUAUAUAUACGUAUACGUCUAUAUUUAUAUAAAUGUAUGUAAAGUUCACUUAAA